AUGGCUGAUCUCGAUCUUGGCAUUGACUUCAGUCUUGAAUCCUUAGAGAAAGAGCUGCAGUCUCUUGAAAGCUCAUUGGAAGAUUUGGAGAAAAAGAAGCAUGCGCUCGACCGAGAAGUAGACGGAUCUCAAUUUAUUUCACCAGACGAAGAGGAAAAGACAGUCGAACCAGAAAAGCCAUUGGCAGUGCGAUGGAAUGAGUUGGCCAUGGAAGUAGAUUCAUUGGUGCUGGCCCAGGAUGUUUGUGAGUGGAUACGGAACUUUUCAGAAAAGGCAAAGAAACAAGGCGGGAUGGAUAUUCUCUUGGAGUCUGAAAUGUGCACAACUUUGGCCGACUUGAUAUUGAAAUAUCCAAACAUAUUGGAAAUGGCACCACAAGUGUACGGCGAUCACUAUCUGGUCCUAUAUGAUUACUGCUACGACAGUCUCAUUCUGCUAUUAAGAGGAGAAUUAUCUACUCACCGGUAUCCGAAGGACUGCCGAAAGCUCAUCAAAAUGGCCAAAAAGCCCAAUAGUUCCAUUCUCGCAAUCUGCAAACAAUUAUCGUGGCUCGAGCAGUCCCACCAUUCUGUGUUGAGGGCCAUUGAGGGGCGCACACAGCCUCCAUCCCCGCCCAUUGUGCUCACCGAACUCUUUGCACCUCUGGUUCAAAAGGUGCGCUUCCACUUUGUCGACGGAUCCAAGGAACGCAUCACCUCUACUCGUGUGGAUCGACUGCCCGAAUGGUUGUUGACCUACUUACGCGAAAAUGUUUUGCAAGAAAAGGGACCCUUUUUCUUGGCCAUGAUACUACUGCAAGAAGCUGCUGGUGACGAAGGGGCCCUCCUUUUUCUCAAUGAGUUGGUCCGUUUGGUUCAGUGGGUGUUUUCCAAGCGGAAUUUUUUUCGGGAUCCGGGUGUUGCAGGGCCACAGUCCAAUCCAAUGCUACUCUAUAGUGCCAUGGAACACCUUAUUCGGUUUGACAAAGCACUGCAGCAAUGUCUGCCUCCGACGGGAUCUGACUCACCAGAAACACUUCUCGGCUGUAUGGAUUUGCUAGUGACAUCCGACGAAGAUUUGAUGGACUGGUGGAUCCAGAGGGAGAAAGAAUCCAUGUUUUCCACCCUCAUGGACCAAGAUAGCACUGACUCGAUUCCCAAGCCCCUUCCGAAUUUCAUUUCCCCACGUGCUGAAGUCUUUUGUGCACUAAUUCGAAGUACUCAAUACAAGGCGUCCGUAUUGAAUGCUCCGAGGAAAUACUUGCGGGAGGUUGCUGUUCCCUUGUGUUCCCAGUUUGUUGAUGCCUUACACGAACGGAUCAAUAGUCUAAAACGUCGACUGUUCAACUACUCGAACAAGCGAAGAAUUGUAAGUGGCCUUGCACCCCGUGACGAGUUGAAGGCCUCUAUAUUCGAGUGGAUUGAAGUCAUCAAUGGAGCGAGAUUGGCGGCCGACCUCCUGGGACGGCAAGACUCGUGGCAACAAGAAGAAUCGGUUGCCGCAAGUCAAAGUGACCACGAUCUGGCAAGGUUCGGUCGGUCCUUGGAACGACUGAACGAAGUCAUGAUUGAUGAAUUCUUGGUAUCCUUCGUCGAAACGAUUCUGUUGGAACACGCCAAGUGCGCGUCGUACAUUAUGAUGGCACAGCAUCUACUUGCCACUCAAGAGUGGGAGGAAGAUGGAUCCGACUUGUCGGUAGAACUGAGAGAAACAAAAUUGGCUCUGGAAAUCCUUCGGACGGGUUGCAAUGAGGUCGUCAAUGCUACUGACGAUGCAACGGGAGCUUCACAAGCACCAAGUCCAUUUGCGUUUGCACCGGUUGUUAUGCAGGAACAAGUCAUGGAGCGACUGGCUCACAAAUUCAUGGAAGUGGCAAUGGACGUUCACAGCAUGACACCCGAGAUUUGGCAAACGGGAGCAAGGGUCUUUGCCAGAGAUGUUCAUGUUCUCUUCUUUGGAGCUCCAUUUCCACUUUGUCAACGAUUGCUGGAUGUUGCCAUUCUAAUGACCGUGGACAGCAAAGUGGCGCAUAGCCUGUUUCUCGCACUUGUAGGCCUCACAGGUGCGCGGAGACUGUCCAUGGACGAUUUUAUAAAUGAUGAGAGACUCUUUGACGAAGCGGUUAGCAUGAUUCGAGCAAAAGGGUUCAAUAGACUCGAGCUAUCUGACGUCAUUUCUGUCUUGGGUCGACGAAGAGACUGA